AUGGGUGCGGAACGUUUGGACAAGCAGGUCCUCCUGUACCGUUGGCCAAGCCUCUGCGAGGGGUGGGCUCUGGGGUUGGCAAACUUCGUGUCAGUGCGGCUGCUCUCCAUCAGCGAGGAUGGUUUGGUGCUGCAGCGGCUGGUCGAUGCAUGCAAAGCUCGCAAGCUUCGUGUGCUGAUCGUAAGUGGGGGCAAGGACCCGCUGCAGCUCCUUGCAGAUCCGAAGGGCAUACAUGGGCUGAUGUCGUCCUUUCUUGCCCUUGGGCGAAGAGCUUCGUCUGGACUGUCGCUUCAAGUAGGACCGGGUGGUUCCGCUUGGGAACAGCACACGCUUGUCCGAGCUGCUGGGAUGUAA